AUGAUGAUGUCAGAAAUUGCUAAAGACAGAAUGGCACAUUCAGUAAGGAAAAGGGGGAGUGUGUCUUCUUUAAGUGGUCGUGAAUUCCGGCUGAAGGAACUUCACGGAAACACCAAAAACUCCAGGAGUACUGUGUCUUAUACGGAUGAACCGAGCCAACGGGAUAAUGCCUCUCGCCUUACAGCUCAGAUGGAAAACACCUAUCAGCUGGGUCCUACCAAACAUUUUCCUGCGGCCAUUGUCAAUCAUAUCCUGAAAGAUGUGUUAACUAACUAUCUACAAGAAGAACAAUAUGAACCAGAGCUCUGUAGACAGAUGACUAAAACAAUUUCUGAGGUUAUUAAAACCCAGGUCAAGGACCUGAUGAUUCCACGGUACAAGCUAAUUGUGAUUGUUCACAUUGGACAACUGAACAGUCAGAGCAUUCUUAUUGGAAGCAGAUGCCUCUGGGAUCCUAAAAGUGAUAACUUUUCAUCUUAUGUUUUCAGAAAUUCUUCUCUCUUUGCUCUUGCAAGUGUCUAUGCUGUUUACUUCGAGUGAUUGAAAAGAAGAAAUCUAGUUCUUACUUUUUUUAAUCAAAAAAUAGGUCAUAUCUAUGUACACGAAAUUUUUACUACCCAGAAGUUUGAGAAAGAAACAACACUAAUAUUUCAAACAACUGGAAUUUUUGGACUUUUUCAUGCUCUUCUAAGAACUGAGGGAGGGAAGGUAGCACAGGAAAGACUCUUGUUUAUCCAGAGGAAGAACUAAGUCUUGGUUCUGCUAGAUUGUUUUUCUUAGACAUGGAUUCUUAUUUAAUAUUACUUUUGGUACUAAUUACUUUAAUUGCUCUUUAUGGAGAGAGAUAAAAUUUCCUGUAUUGUUUUUUGUAAUGAAGAGAAGUUAAAAACAAACAAACAAACAUGACUACAUCCCCUGACCAAUAAAGGGCAGAAGAAUAUUCAACAUGGUAUACACAAAUGAUAAAUGUGAAUGUGUCUCAGUGCUGCAUAUAAAAGAACACUGGUUUUCAUUCGGUACUUAAUAAAUUGAGCAGCAUUCAUUAACUGCAAUUAUUGUUACAUGUACCUGACAGUUGAAACUGCUGAGGUAGAAUUAAUGAUUUCAUAACAAUUACUGUAGUCCCACAGGGCUGCUAGAGCUAAAACUAGAAGCUCUUGUGGGUUGCCUGCACUUUACAAAACUGUGGGAGAACUGAAUGUUGGCUCUCCAGUAAUGGAGACUAUAAAGCGAACAAAGGCUUUUAGGGCACUGCAGUAGACAUUGCUGUAUUAAAUAUACAUGAUGUUUAAUAGUAAAUGUAUCUGUAACACUUAAAAUCAUGUAUUGGAAAGAGACACCGCUUUUAAAUAUAUGCUGCCUGAUGUGCCUGUAAAUAGGUUUUUCUUGGCUAACCAACUUUUUACACAAAAUAGAUAGCUGGCAGCUUAACAAAUAAAACAUGUGUAUUUACUAUUUUGUUCCUAUGAAUUUAGUGCUGAAGUGACCCGUGCAGUUUUGAAUGGAUGGCACUAAAAUUUACAGGGCUGAAAUAGCUUAUUAUUCUGCUGCUUAAUGUAGCUCGGACUAUGGAUCAUUUAUUUUUACGGAGCUUUCAACGCUUUGCGUUUUUCCUGGAUGGUAAGUGAACUGCCCAGAGGACAUUUGUUAAAGGUCAAAGACAAAUUGUACACAUGUGGAGAAAAUUAGCAACGCUAUAGUCUUAAGGAAAAAAAAAAUGAUGUGUCAUUCAUAUCAUAAAGAAUUUAGCAAAUGGGAAAAGAGUCAAUGCUUUAUAGCUUUAAAAUGAAUUGAUGUCUUAUUUUCCCCCAAAAGAACCUGUACUAAAAAAAGUGUAUACUUUUAAAAUCCCUUUCCUUCCGCUUGUUCUGGCUUUUAAGGUAGCUUUUCAAAAUGAAUUAGUCAAUUUUCAUUAUUUUUUUCUGUUAGUGCCUUAGUGGGAAUAUGUCUGUGUAAUAAUUCAUCAUAACCAAUAUUGGCCCAUCUCCAUAGGCCAGUUUUGAAUCUGGAUUAGGUCAUAAGUACAGUAAGUAAAUGAGCUGCAUAUUUUCAUUAUACAUUUGUGAACAUCUCCCCUCUUGGAGCAAGAGCAGGGGCAAUCAUAUUGCAAUUUUGCAUGAGUAAAUCAGAAUGAAGAAAAUUCAUAGUACAUAGAAAGUCCAUUACAAAAACAGCUUUAUUUUUUUAGAGUCCUAAAGUCUCAUCCAUGAGAUAAUUUCUUACCAUCUGUCUUAGGCUGUGUUAGGAAUCAAAACCUUAAAACAUAAUGGUAGUUAAAAAGCAAAAAAGGAAGCAGUUAAACAGCAUAUUGCCAUGUACUGUAAUUCAGACAGUCAAUGAUGAAUUCUAGCAAUUAUAUAGCAGCAUAAGAAUAUACAGUAAAAACCCACUAAUUGCGACUAACUUGGAAGAGUGCUGGUUAUCACAAAAAGUCUGAUGAUAGGAAGCUUUGAUGGAUGCAUUAGCUAACACCAUGGAGGUAAUCAUGUAAAAUACAAAUGUAUCAGGUCAACACGUUGUAUA